UCAAAGAUCUUUUUAAGUUUGAAAAAAAAGGUGCGAACUUGGAGUUUCUUGAUUGGUGCGACUCGAGUCGACUCGAGUCAAGUCGGAGUCUACUUGAUCGAAAAGGUUUCUGGGUUUUGAUUAGAGUUGCCGAUUCGAUUUGAAAGUUUGUUCCUUUUCGUGCAUCACUUGUCUCCGUAGUAGAACAAGCAGGAGGACGCAGUAGUUCAGUUCCGAUGGGGGAUAACAAUUAUAACCAUGUGGAUAAGAAGACCAGGUUAGAAGCUGAGCUAGACGACAUGCUGCAGCAGCAGCAGCAGCAGCAGUACAUCCAGUAUCAAGACCCCACGGAACAAGAUCUGCAGUUGCAAGCUUGGACGGGACAACAGAACCAGUUUCUUCAAUCUAUGUCACCGUCUCAGAGACCCUAUCUUCCACAACAGCAGUACAUGCAGCACCAGGACCCCACGGAAACGAAUCCGCAUUUGCGAGCUUUGUAUCAACGGUAUAGACUCCAACUUCAGCAACAGCAACAGGAGCAGCUGAGACGGCAACUACAGCAACAAGUCGCUCAACAGAUCCCUCCUAGUGUAUCUCCUUUUGGAGGUGGUGCGGGCGUUCAACAGAAGUUUAUGAUGUUCUUGCAUCACAUAAAGCAACGACCAGCCGACAAUUGCAUUACCUUUUGGAGGGGAUUCGUGGCAGAAUACUACUCACCUCGUGCAAAGCAAAGGUUGUGCUUUUCACAGUACCAAAGUGUUGGGAACAUGCUUGGCACGUUAGUACCACGGGAUAUGUGGCAGUGUAGUCUCUGCGGCACCAAGUCUGGAAAAGGAGUUGAGGCAACUUUCGAUGUGCUUGCCAGACUAUUUGAAACCAAAUAUGCUAGUGGCGUCGUUGAUGAGCUCUUAUCUCUGGAAGGUCAACGAGAAUACAGACUUUCCAAUGGACUGAUGGUAUUGGAAUAUAGAAAAACGGUUCAGACAACUGUAUAUGAGCAGUGUCGUGUUGUUCAUGAGGGCCCUCUUCGCAUCAUAUUCUCUCAAGAUUUAAAGAUACUGUCUUGGGAGUUUUGCACUCGGCGUCAUGAAGAGUUUAUUGUCCGCAGACUUAUUGUUCCGAAGGUGAACCAGUUGCUUCAGGUUGCACAGAAAUGCCAGAGCACGAUUUUGGAAAGUGGGUCAGAGGGAGUUUCUCAGCAGGAUUUACAAACAAACAGUAACAUAGUCUUGGGAGAAGGACGAAAGCUGGCAAAGGUCAUGGAACCAGAGUCUCUGAAUCAACAUGGCUAUCCGAAAAAAUAUGCCAGAGCUCUACAGAUACAUGAAGUUGUCAAGAGCAUGAAUGAUCUUAUGGAUUUCACAUUCGAGCACAAAAUCGGCCCUAUCGAGGGGUGGAAACGGCUUUCGGAACAGACAGAGACAAUGAGGCUCCAGAGACAGAGAAUGCAAGAGAUGGAGCAGUUGGGGAAUAGUGGAGCAAUGAUGAAUAGGUGGUCAGCUCAAUCUCAGAUGGACGGCCUUACUUCUGGCAACAACAAUAACUCCUACAAUCAUCACCAUCAUAGCUCAGCUCAAGCCGUUGCUGCUCUGACCAACAACAACAACCAAACCAUGCUUAUGGGGAGGCUAAAUGCUAUGAAUACGGGCAGACUAGAGGAGGGAUUCCCGAGUCAGCGUCCAACCCCAAACCCAAACCAGAGUCCAUAUUGGUCUGAUCAGAGGCAGAACUUAGCAACAGGUGGAUUUCUCAGCUCUCCCCAGAUGCAACAGCAGCAGCAGCAGCAUGGCACUCCCAACACGCUUCAGCAGACACAUUUGCCACCAGAAGAUGCCACAGAAAUACCUGACGAUUUCUCAGACGACAACUUCCAGUGAUAAAUAGGGUAAAGCUUGUAGAACAGAACAUAGGCGGUUGCUACUUUGAGUUUAACAAAGUGAAAGUAGGCUUAAUUCUUCUCAUUUAGGUUGGUUUGUUGGUGUUUUGUAUAGAAACCAAAGGAAGUUGUAAACCUACACAUAGGCACUUUAGUAUCUUCUUCUUCACACUGAUGUAAUCUCAAAAUAAACAAGUUGUGUAUAUAUAUUCAUCAGUCAAAGGGGGUUUUUUAAGCUU